GUCCUUAGCUGCUAAGAAAUGGAUACUAUUUAAACCAUCGAUUUCUCCUCCUCUCGUUCAUCCCUGAAAUCACAAACAAAGCGAUCACCCCAACAAAGUCACUGCGCGAUGGAGCAAGCACUCCUCUCUGAAGAGGAGGUAGAGCAGAAGGGAGAGGAGAAAUGGAGGGUGUACCAGUCCUUGGGAAGGAGUGCUUCUGUCCACGUCCCGACCUCUCUAUCUGGUCGUGGUGAAGAGGUUAGCGUGGAUGAGAUCCGAUCCGCGUCGAUUCAUUCCCAUCCUUACUAUCCGCCUUCACUCCACGGCGCGCUCGUCAGCUCUCCCGAGCCUGAUGCUCCUCCCUAUGCCUAUGAUCAGGCUAUUGUUCACCAGGGAGGCUUUGGUCAAUAUCCUAGUGGAAACAUGUCAAGAGAAUUUGGAAGGAAAAUAUUAGAUGAGGUGGAGAUCCGACAGUUACUUAUUGAUCAUGUUGGGCACCGUUGCUGCUGGGGAAGCCGUCCAGCUCGGAGAUGGAAAAUUGCUGCUGUUGAAGACUGCAAUGUGUAUGUAGGAACCCUAGAGACUUUUAUGGAGGAGAGGGAAAUUGUCAAGGAGAGGGAACCACAUCUCAAAGGAGAAAUUGAUGAGAAGGACAAAGGACCAGAACUUGGUGUUUGGGAAUUGGAUCUGAGGUCUGAAUUUCCACUCCUCUUUGUGUCACACAAAGAAACAAAGGUUAAAGUUCCUCAUUCUGAAUCCAUUCAGAAAUGCACAGGUAAGAAUUAUGUAAAUAAUUUCUUUUCUUAAGGGACCAUGUU